UAUGAAUUCCAGAAAGUCCAUAUCAUCAUUUCUGUAUGGGAUUACGACAAGAUGAGUAAGAACGACUUCAUUGGGGAGGUUACGCUCGCAUCACAAGCGCUGAAUCUUCCACAGGUCACCCAUGCUUGUUACGAGCAAUGGGCUGAAAUGAUGACAUCACGACGACCCGUAGUUCAAUGGCAUACACUACAAGAACGGAUGGAAAAAGAAAAGGACCGAAGUAAGUCGAAAGAUUAG